GACUGACCACUAUAAUGGAGGGAUGAGACAGCAGUACUCUGUGAAGCCCUGCUCCGAGAGCGACGUGAAACACACACACUCCCCUGCUUCGUCCGUGGUUCGCUACUACAUCAGCGCAGAGGAGGUGGAGUGGGACUACUCACCUAACCGGGUCUGGGAACUAGAGAAACAUCACGCUACAGAGGAGGACAGUCCAGGCAGUGUAUUCGUGGGCAGGGGAGAGAAUCGUAUUGGUCCACGCUAUAAGAAGGCGGUGUAUAUACAGUACACUGACGACACCUUCAGGACACAGACGGAACUGCAGCCUGAACAACUGCACCUCGGCAUUCUGGGUCCUAUAAUCAGGGUGGAGGUGGGAGAGGAGGUUCUGAUCACCUUUAAGAACAGAGCCAGCCGUCCGUACUCUAUACACGCUCACGGAGUGGUCACUACCGACACACACACACCUGUCCAGCCAGGUUAUAUGACAGAGUUCAGGUGGGAGGUUCCAGAGAGCUCUGGGCCAGGAGUCUCUGAUCCUAACUGUAUCUCCUACGCGUACUACUCUACUGUUGACUUCGUCAAGGACGUGUUCAGUGGUCUCUUGGGCCCCCUAGUGGUCUGCAGACAGGGAGUACUGCAGCGUGGAGCUGAGGGGGGGACGAGGAAGAGGAAGGACGUGGAGAGGGAGUUUGCUCUGCUCUUCAUGGUGUUUGAUGAGAAUGAGUCAUGGUACCUGGACGACAACAUCAGAACUUACCUCCACACUGACCCCAGUAACUUCACCAUGGACGACAACUUUAUAGAGAGCAACAAGAUGCACGGUAUAAAUGGUAAGCUGUAUGGAAACCUACAUGGUCUAACCAUGUCUAAUGGCCAGACAGUGGACUGGUAUCUACUGGGGAUGGGCAACGAGGUGGACAUACACACCGUCCACUUCCACGCUGAGACGUUCACUUAUAAAACGGACAGUGUGCACCGUGCGGAUGUGUUUGACCUGUUCCCGGGGACGUUUCAGACGGUCGAGAUGACUGCAGGGAACCCUGGGACAUGGCUGUUGCACUGCCACGUCGCCGACCACAUCCACGCUGGAAUGGAGACUACUUUCACCAUCACGGAGAAAACAUCACGUGCACCUGGUAUUGGAGGUUCCAUCUCCACUCUGCUACUACCACUACUACUGACCGUUCUCCACUAGACUACUCUGUGUGUGUGUGUGUGUGUGUGUGUGUGUGUGUGUGUGUGUGUG